AACUCGAGCGAUGCUACACCCAGCAACCCUCUUACCGAUCGAACCGCAGACCCAGCUACGGAACAGGAAAAUGCAGAGCAGAACAAACAGCGUCGGGAACAAGAACCAGCUUAUCAGAUUACUUUCACUUGUAAACCCUGUGGCGAACGGUCUUCUCACCGCAUGUCCAAGCACGGCUAUCAUCGUGGAACUGUUUUGAUUCGUUGCCCGUCCUGUCAGAACCGCCAUGUUAUCAGUGAUAACCUAAAUAUCUUCUUUGAUUCAAAAAAGACGCUAGAGGACAUCCUACAGGAGCAGGGGGGGAAGCUCACCCGCGGGUAUGUGGAUGGGGACAUGGAGUUCUGGGAUGAUGGAUCUGUGGUCAAA